AGAUGUGCUCGCCCAUACUGAACCCGAAGCAUGGAGAGGGGAAAUAAAACAGCUAAGGGAUGUGUCCACAACGUCAAGUCGCUUCCUUGAGCUGCCAGUUGAAAUUCACUUGCGCAUCAUGGAAUUCCUCGCGCCCUCGACAAGCGUCUACACUCUCGUCACAAGCUGCCGGACCAUGCGAUUGGCGGCGUACAAUCACCCUACCCUUGCCCGAAAGCAGGUGUUCAAUGGCGAUCUCUAUAGCGAUUCUUCCUUUGCGAAGCAUUUUCUCGCAUCUUUUGAACGCAGCAAGGAGGGCUUCACUGAUGAAAUUCUCGAAGAAAGCAAUUGUAGAGGCGUUGGCCCGGACAGCGCACUUAAAUUUGCUUCCCUCGCGAUCCGGUUUCAUCACGACGUUGUGUGGGAGCUGAACACGGGUGAAGCCGACCGCAUGCGUACUUGCAACCAAAUUUCUCGCCAUGCGCAGCAAGUACACCUAUACGAUCUGCGGCUGCGGCGGGAAAUCUCGCACAGCUCCUUCCCUGCAUUGCUGCCUCAGGUCCGGACAUCACUUCGCCAAUCCUCGAGACUCUCGAACGAUCGCAUUCAUCUGCGAUGGCAAGUUGUUUGCAAUCCACAUUCAGGCCUCUUUGCAUUUAUGGGAAGGGCUCCCCAUUGCAUCUAUCCCCCUCUCUCUCUACCUCAAAUCACUCGGGAGAAUGCCUAUCACCUUGCUGUUCCAACAAAUGAUAGGCGCGUCGUCAUGUUUGACAGAAAUCGCGCUCUCAUCUCGGUCUGGGAAAUCGUCCAGGCGGAUCGAGACCCAGUUGCCUGCAUCGAGCUCCGGAUCCGCCGCCAAGAUGCGCUCGUCUUGGACGCUGGUGGGCAACCCUGUAUAACGAGCGAUCGCAUCCGCUUCUUUACGGAUGACACCUUAAUCGCCUCUCUUGAUGGUACUCGCAUCGACACGUUGCACUCACUCACAGAGCACAUCUACCACGUGUCCAAUCACACCUUCAUCUCCCUUCCGCUACGUCCGCGGGAGAUGCGCGGCUUGCGCUGUGUGCAGAGCAGGAUUGCACACUUGGAGCGCCUGGAUAAGGCGGAUAACGGCGCUCCUUCCAAAUGGCUUCUUUACCGCUCGGCACGCACUGAGCCCACCUGGGGUAAACUUGGGUCUACCGGGCUUUCAACCCUGACAUGGAAGGACGAUGCAGAUGUGCAACGUUGCUCAAGCCAGCCUUUCUGCCCCGGGUCCUGCAAUCUGGAGCGCAGAGCGCCACGUUUCUCGCAUGCUUGAUCGGGCGGCCGCACAUUGUGUCUUCCGAUGGUAAAGCGAUGCUGCUGCGGUUGGAGCGUGCAACCGUUCCCCACGCCUGGCGCUGGCUGCUGUGCGUCUU